AUUUCUAAAACCAUAAACCCUCGUCUCUGGCAGAGACGGUGUGUCUCAGACACUCAGGUAAAAACAAUUAUACCAGUUUUGCAUUCAAAUCUCAUGCGAAGUAGCAGAUCGGUUCUCUCCCUACACUCUCACGAAGCUCCAUAUCACUGCUAGAGAUGAAGACCAGAGACACUUGGCUAUAUUUUUCGAUCUUAAUCUUCUCAUUUUCAGUUGCUUCCGCUGAUACGAUUCACGGAUGUGGCGGAUUCGUCGAGGCAAGUUCGUCACUGAUUAAGUCGAGGAAAUCAACUGAUGCAAAAUUGGAUUACUCUUAUAUCACGGUUGAGCUUCGCACUGUAGAUGGAUUGGUGAAGGACAGAACGCAGUGUGCACCAAAUGGUUACUAUUUUAUUCCAGUAUACGACAAGGGUACGUUUGUAAUUAAAAUCAAUGGACCAGAAGGGUGGUCAUGGGACCCAGAAAAUGUUCCUGUUGUUGUUGAUGAUUCUGGCUGCAACCAUAAUGAAGAUAUUAACUUUCGAUUCACAGGGUUCACUUUAUCUGGUAAAGUUGUGGGAGCAGUUGGUGGAGAAAGUUGUUCAGUUAAAAAUGGGGGUCCUUCAAAUGUAAAUGUUGAACUAUUAUCUCCUAGUGAUGAUCUCAUUUCCUUUGUUGUGACGUCAUCAACAGGGAGUUACUUGUUCACCAAUAUCAUCCCAGGAAAAUACAAAAUUCAUGCAUCACAUCCAGAUCUAAAAGUUGAAGUCAAAGGUUCCACAGAGGUGGAAUUGGGUUUUAAAAAUGGUAUUGUUGGUGACAUUUUCUUUGUCCCUGGAUAUGAUCUCCAUGGAUAUGUUGUUGCUCAGGGAAAUCCAAUAUUGGGAGUUCACAUUUAUCUAUAUUCAGAUGAUGUUGUAGAACUAGAUUGUCCCCAAGGAUCUGGUGAUGCCACGGGACAAAGAAAACCUCUCUGCCAUGCUGUAUCUGAUGCUGAUGGGAUGUUCACGUUCAAAUCAUUACCUUGUGCGCAUUAUGAGCUCGUUCCAUUUUACAAGGGUGAGAAUACAGUAUUUGAUGUUUCACCUCCUGUUGUCUCUGUUUCUGUUGAGCAUCAACAUGUAACAGUUCCCCAAAAGUUUCAGGUCACUGGAUUUUCUGUUGGAGGGCGAGUAGUUGAUGGUAAUGGCAUGGGAGUAGAGGGUGUUAAGAUCAUUGUUGAUGGUCAUGAAAGGUCCACAACUGAUAAAGAAGGCUACUACAAGCUUGACCAGGUCACAUCAAAUCAGUAUACAAUAGAGGCCAGGAAGGAGCAUUACAAGUUCAACAGCUUGAAGGAGUAUAUGGUUUUGCCAAAUAUGGCUUCAGUGGCAGAAAUUAAGGCAGUUUCCUAUGAUGUUUGUGGAGUUGUUAGGAUGGUUAAUAAUGGUCACAAAGCAAAGGUAACUUUGACCCUUGGACCAGAGAAUGUCAAACCUCAAGUCAGACAAACAGAUGGAAGUGGAAUUUUCUGCUUUGAGGUCCCACCUGGUGAAUAUCGCUUAUCUGCUUUUGCCGCUACUCCUGAGAGUGCUUCUGGACUUCUAUUCUUACCACCUUACAUUGAUGUUAUGGUCAAAAAUCCAUUAUUGGAUAUAGAAUUUUCUCAGGCCCUUGUCAAUGUGCUUGGCUCUGUAACUUGCAAGGAGAGAUGUGGUCCAUCUGUUUCUGUUUCCCUAGUGAGAUUAGCUGGUAAGCAUAAUGAAGAAAGGAAGUCUAUUAGUUUGACAGAGCAGAGUGAUGAAUUUCUCUUUCCGAAUGUCUUACCUGGAAAAUACAGGCUUGAGGUCAAACAUGGUUCCCCUGAAGCCAUGCACAGUGAAGAUAAUUGGUGCUGGGAGCAGGGUUUCAUUGAUGUGGAUGUUGGUGCUGAGGAUGUUAAAGGAAUCGUAUUCAUUCAAAAAGGUUACUGGGUUAAUAUUAUCUCAACCCAUGAUGUAGACACUUAUAUGACUCAGCCAGAUAGUUCAAUUAGUAAUUUGAAAAUUAAGAAAGGUUCCCAGCAUUUAUGUGUGGAAUCUCCUGGUGUGCAUGAGCUCCACUUUAUUAACUCAUGUAUUUUCUUUGGAAGCUUGCCAGUGAAGAUUGAUACAUCAAAUACAUCGCGCAUCUAUCUGAGAGGAGGGAAGUAUCUUCUCAAAGGACAAAUCAAGGUCAAGUUAAACUCAGCUGAUGAUGCAUUUGAGUUACCUAAUAAUAUCAUCGUGGAUAUUCUUAAUAGUGGGGGCAGUGCUAUUGAUGGUACAAUUGCCAAUCUUGCAUCUAGUGAUCAAACAAGCAUUGCUCUGUAUGAGUACUCUCUGUGGGCUAAUCUUGGACAGAAACUUACCUUUGUUCCUCGAGACUCUAGGGAUAAUGGAGAGAAGAAGAUAUUGUUUUACCCCACAGAACAUAGUGUCUUGGUAACAAAUGAUGGUUGUCAAGCUCCCAUUCCAAUGUUUUCUGGUCAUCCUGGAUUAUAUAUAGAAGGAUCUGUUUCUCCCCCUCUUUCUGGUGUUUAUGUUAAGAUUAUUGCUGAGGAAGAUAGCUGCACUACACCACUUAAAAAAGAUGAGACGGCACUUGAAACUACUACAGGGAUUGAUGGUUCUUUCAUUGCAGGGCCUUUAUAUGAUGAUAUAACGUACAGAGUUGAGACUUCAAAGCCUGGUUAUCAUCUUAAACGUACUGGACCUUAUUCCUUUUCUUGCCAGAAGCUUGGCCAAAUUUCUGUACAUAUAUUUUCAGAGGGUGAUGCUAAUGAACCUAUACCUCCUGUGCUAUUAUCAUUGAGUGGAGAUGAUGGGUAUAGGAACAACUCUAAAUCUGGAGCUGGAGGAACAUUCCUCUUUGAUAACUUAUUUCCUGGCAUUUUUUAUCUUCGUCCUUUGUUAAAGGAAUAUGCGUUCUCACCUCCAGCACAGGCAAUAGAGCUUGGUUCUGGGGAUUCUAGGGAAGUUACAUUCCAGGCUACCCGCAUUGCUUACAGCGCUACAGGUGUAAUCAAACUGUUGUCAGGCCAGCCAAAAGAAGGUGUUGGAGUUGAAGCUCGGUCAGAGUCAAAAGGCUACUAUGAAGAGACAGUAACAGAUUCAUCUGGAAGUUAUAGGCUGAGAGGGCUCAUUCCUGAUACAGCCUAUGUGAUUAAAGUAGUUGAAAAGCAUGGCUUGGGUGCCAAUAGAAUUGAACGUGCAUCGCCAGAAUCUGUUACUGUUAAGGUUGGAUCGGAGGAUAUCAGGGGAUUGAAUUUUAUCGUCUUCGAACAGCCAGAGAUGACCAUUUUAAGUUGUCACGUUGAAGGAAAAAGGAUGGAAGAAUUUCAUUCACAUCUCUUGGUAGAGAUCAAGUCAGCUAGUGACACGUCUAAGAUCGAGUCCGUCUUCCCUUUGCCACUGUCCAACUUCUUUCAGGUUAAGAACUUACCAAAGGGUAAACACCUCCUGCAGCUUAGAUCAAGUCUCCAAUCAAGCAACCUCAAAUUUGAGUCGGAUGUUAUUGAGGUUGACCUGGACAAGACAGCCCAAAUUCAUGUGGGCCCACUGAGAUACAAUUUUGAGGAGGAUCACCAAAAACAGGAUUUGACUCCGGCACCAGUUUUCCCUCUUGUUGUUGGGGUUUCAGUAAUUGCACUUUUCAUCAGCAUGCCAAGAUUGAAGGAUUUAUAUCAAGCAACAACAGGAAUACCAGCACCAGGAUUUAUGACCACUGCAAAGAAAGAACCUCGAAAGUCAGCAGUGAGAAAAAAGACAUAUUGAGGAUCCCUCCCAUAUAAGAAACACGAGUAGAUUCAAAUUUUGAAACUUGGCCACCAUUUUCAAGUUUUGGCCAGUCACAUAGCUAACUUGCAUGAGAUCUUAGCACCUUUGUAUGCCAACUGAAGUUUCUUUACUACUUUUCCCCACAUCAUCCACCUCAAAGUUUUUAUUUUUAUUUUUAUUUUAAGUUAGGAGAGGUGGAUUUGAACUCGUAGCUCCCACUUGAAACGAAGUAUGUGGCUACCAAUUAAUCUGCUUUGGACGCACCCAAGUUUUCUGAUUUGUAGGAGCGAAUCCUUCCAGUUUCGGUGCAAAUUACUUUCAUUAUCCCCUCGUA